AUGGCCUCAUAUCUCAACCCCACGCCCGAUACGCCCAUCUUUGGCGUCAGCGCGCUCAAGCUCUGGCUCAAGGGCGAUAUUACUACACCCGACUUUCUCGCAUCAAACAACGGAGCCUAUGCCGACAAAGGCGGCCGCGAUGGCUUCGGUCUGCAAGAACUUCAUCGAGCGCUCUAUCUUGCGAUUCUGGAGAUCUCUCUCAAACUCGAUCCCGAGCUGGAGUGCGCCGCAACACAGGCCUCCGGGUUCAAGUAUUGCAUUGCAGUGGACGUGGAUGAGUUCUACGAGGGACGAGACAGCGAGGUAAGAUCACUUGUGGACCUUGAACCAGCGAAGCGGGAUGUAAUCAUAUCAACAUAUGAUCGGGACGCGGUUUGCGAGGUGCUUGAGCAGGCUAGAGAAGAGAUUGGAUGGUUGGAGAGCCAGGUGAGGAGGUUGGACGUGCACAUGGAGAACGCGGAGAGUAUGAAGAGAAUCAGGUCGAGGAUCUCGUUUGUGUUCAGGCCACUGGCGAGGACUUGGGAAGUAACAAGUAUUGACAAGGAUGAUGGCAUACUGGAUGGAGAUGAGCAAGGAGUGGGCGGAUACAACGGCGAAGAUGAGGAGAUACUUGAGGUGGAUGAGACUGAGGGAGAAGAGCAUCAGAUGGCGGGAGAUGAUGCGGAGCUGUCCGAGGCACUGAAGAAGUCGGUUCGAAAGGAGAGACUGGAACUGUUCAAAAAGGAAGUUGAUGCAGGAUUCGGAACGGCCAGACUUGAGGAGGAUCUCGAGGAGGGAGAGGUGCAGGAGAAGACGGAUAGUCCUCUGGCGGGCUUAGAAGAGGAUGGUGAGAUCGAGUGA